AUGUCCAAAACUGUUGAAAAACGGAGACAAUUGAAGGGGAGGCGUCGUGGUCCAGACGGGCGGUUGUUGCCGAGGAGCCAACCCUCACCAACUAAAUCAAUUGAGAUAAAUUCAACGAUCGGAGAAGAUAUGAACGACAAACAGAGCGAAGCAACGUUAAUAAAUGCAGUCAUUCGAUAUGCUGGCAGUGUGAAUGCAUCAGAUGCCGCUACAGUUAACGCCCAUCAUCAACCCAAACCGCCCAACAUACUCAUAAAUCAAGAAGCCAACGAAAGCGCCAGGCCUAGCAGUGAUCAAGCGCAAGAAGCUGAAGCUCAGAACAUUCAUCAAUGCGAAAUCCUAGAUACUCCUGACAUUUCCAAAGACUUGGAGAACUCCACCUCUACUACUAUUCAACAAAUCGAGAAUACGCGAACUGAUGCUUCUAUUGAAUUUGAUAAUGCCGACGCCCAUGAAAUUGAUAAGGUGAUUGAUGGAUCAACCGCGAAUGUUGAAAAUGUGGAAACCGAGAACGAAAAACUUGGAGCUCAAAAUACCAAAAAAAGGAAGCCAGCGAAUGAUUCGGUUUCCAGCACAUCAAAUUCUAAGCGUACUCGAUCGACAUCUUCAGAGGCUGCACAUCGCCAGCAAUUCGAAACGCCUUUCCAAAUCCCUAUUACGACAACUGAGCGCAUGCGGGAUAUCGAGAGCCAUAAAAUAAAACGCAAUCUCAAGUACAUGCCCAACAGAACAAGUGCAGUACUUAAGCCUGAUGGUACGCAAAAUAACACCAGUGUGGAAGCGCAUCUCGUACAAGAGAGGGGUGAGAUUUUCACUUCCAAAUGCAAUUCUUGUGGUAACAAAGGUCGACCGGCCGGACCAUGGGAAGAAUGUGUAGCAUUGGAGGGGUUUCUGCAAGGUUCCUGUGCGAAUUGUCAUGUCAACAAUCUAGGCAAGCGUUGCUCUUUACGACCACAAAAGGACCACUUCUUUCUUGCUCCAUCUAAGAAUGCACGUAUAGCCUCCAAAAGUACUUCGAAAAAACGAACCGGGGGUUCCGAAGAGGUCUUAAUUGAGCAGUUGAUGGCAAUGGAUUCUGAUGGGAGAGACGACCUUGAAGAUAAAGCCAAUGAUAUUCUGACUGCCCUCCGAAAGACUCGAUUACGUUUGAGGAAGAUAAACAAAAAGAAGAGUGAAGAAAAGUGUGAUAGUACAGAUGAGAAAGAAGAUGGAGUUGAGGAAACGCAAGAUGGAGUUGAGGAAACGCAAGAUCUGAUGAUAGAUCCCCGCCUCCAUGAAAGUUGAGGAAGUUGGGAAAACUGUUUCUAGGAGAAGGGGAUGAGCUAUGACUUGUUGUUUUUUCGUCUUUCCUUUUCUUGUUUUUUGGGGAGUAGUUGUAGUAAGCAUUGUAAAAACCUUGAAGUCAGAAUCGUACUCAAUUCAGUACAAAAAUUUCCAAGUGUAACAUUAUCUGAAUUAAA